ACCUCAGAAAGAUGCGACGUUCAGCAGAAGGAGCGUCUUCCCUCUGUAUCUACUCAAAGAAAAGUUCCGUUUCUCUUCGUCAUCAUCCUGUAGCUCAGGUAAUGAAAACUUAUACACGGAUCCCUUGAUUGAUGACACGGGAUUGCAUCGUUUGAUCUUCGUUACAUCCACUUCUCCGUAUACAGCCACCGCCAUUAACUGGAGCACAAAUCCCAGCCUCCAGUUCCAAGCCAUGGCUCUAUCCCUUCUUGAGUUUUACAUCGACUGCCUGAUGAGCUUGUGUAAUCAGAGAAGGUUAGUCUAAGGCAAAGCGCCUUAAAUUACUUUGCAAAUAUGUAUUUACGUACAGUUCAGCUUAAGCGUUGUCGUAUGCUCUGAAACUAAUGAAAUGUUGAUUAAUUUUGCUACAUCGAUUGCUCACUGAAUGGCAAUUAUCAUUUCGAUUAUAAUUUCAAAUGAAUAACGGAUAUAUCCAACAUAUGAUUAAGUUUGUUUUUAAUUAUUCAGAAUGUAUUACUUAUUUUAAUUGAAUCAAUAAUAUACCAGAUGUCAGUAGCUGUUAAUGAUAAAAUACAUUCUAAAAUUAAAUUCUAAUUCAAUUUUCUGUUUUCUAUAUUCUCCCUUUGUUACUACUCGUUGCUGCCAAAUACUUUAUCUAGUCUUCUUGAUUGCAACAAUACUUGAAAUAUCCUUCACCAGGAAUGACUCGAAUGAAUUUAUAGGCCUACAAAUGUUUAUGAAUGCAAUUUCCAAUACACAGGCCGUCGUGCAGAUU